UCUCCGACUUCUCGCUGCAGAGCCAUGUUCCCCGAACGGGACUCGACAGCAGCACCAGGCAGGAGCAGUGACGCCCACAGGCGCAGCCUUCGUGUGUCAGUGCGAUCAGUGGGGCGUGUGGGUGGUGCGCCGCGCGCGCAUGGACGCCUAGUACUAGUAUGACUCGCAGCUCGCGCGCACAAUCGAUAAGGAUCCUUCAGGUGGAAGAUCAUGGCGAGCAGCGAGAUGAGAUCGCGCCUCCGGUGCGGCCGCGCUGCGCUCCUGCUGCUUCUCACCGCGUCCCUCGUGCGCUUCGCGCGCGCACCCGUGCCCGGUAACGAGGUGACCGGGUUCAGCCUCAGUCCCCCCUACUUCAACUUGGCCGAGGGAGCGCGGAUCUCCGCGAGCGCGACGUGCGGCGAGGACGAGCGCGGCGGCGCGCGGACGGAGCUCUACUGCAAGCUGGUGGGGGGACCGACCACAGGACCCCCCAGCCAGACCAUACAGGGCCAGUUCUGCGACUACUGUAAUUCCAAUGACCCUGACAGGGCACACCCGGCGAGCAACGCCAUCGACGGGACAGAGCGCUGGUGGCAGAGCCCCCCCCUCUCCAAGGGGCUGAGGUACAACGAGGUGAAUGUAACCCUGGAUCUUGGACAGCUGUUUCAUGUGGCAUAUGUCCUCAUCAAAUUUGCCAACUCCCCUCGGCCUGAGCUGUGGGUUCUGGAGCGUUCCGUGGACUUUGGGAGGACCUACAGCCCUUGGCAGUACUUUGCACAUUUGAAACGGGAGUGCAUCGAGACUUUUGGAAAGCCUCCCAACGGACGCAUCGUCCGAGACGACGACCAGAUCUGCACCACUGAGUACUCGCGGAUCGUACCCUUGGAGAACGGCGAGAUCGUGGUGUCGCUGGUGAAUGGUCGCCCCGGAGCCACCAACUUCACCUACUCGCCGCUCCUGAGAGACUUCACCAAAGCCACCAACAUCCGGCUUCGAUUCCUGCGAACGAGCACCCUCCUGGGGCACCUCAUUUCCAAGGCCCAGCGCGACCCCACCGUAACGCGCAGGUAUUAUUACAGCAUCAAAGACAUCAGCGUUGGGGGACGGUGUGUGUGUCACGGCCAUGCCCAGGUCUGCGGGUCCCGCGACCCGGACAACCCCAGCCGAUUUCGCUGCGAGUGUCAGCACAAUACCUGUGGGGAGUCAUGUGACCGCUGCUGCCCAGGUUUUAACCAGAAGCCCUGGCGUGCGGCGACAUCUGACAGCGCCAACGAGUGCCAGCCCUGCCAAUGUCACUCGCAUGCCACUGACUGCUAUUAUGACCCGGAGGUGGAUCGCAGGAGAGCAAGUCUGAACAUCUACGGACAAUACGAAGGUGGAGGGGUGUGCAUCCAUUGCCAGCACAACACGGCAGGCGUGAACUGCGAGCGCUGCGCGAAGGGGUAUUACAGACCCUACGGAGUCCCACGGGAGUCCCCUACCGGGUGCAGACCCUGCAGGUGUGACCCGCGGACAAGCGCUGGCUGUGAGGACGGCUCAGGACGAUGCAUCUGCUUGCUCAACUUCAGCGGCGCAGACUGCGAACGCUGUGCAGAUGGUCACCACACGUACCCGCUUUGCAUCCGGUAUCCCAUAUACCCCAGCACAACCAAAUCCCCUGCAGGCCACAUCAUAGACCCCCCCUCUGGCUGCUCCCCGGGCUUCUUCGGACCACCCAACUGCCAACCCUGCCGCUGCGGAGGCCUGGGGGUCGCGGACCCUGCGUGUGACAGGCGGAGUGGAGACUGUGUGUGUCAGCCUGGGUUCGGGGGCAGGCAGUGCGACCGCUGUGCCCCGGGCUACUUCAGCUACCCCUACUGUCAAGCAUGCAACUGUGACAGCACGGGCGCUAUGGACCAGACGUGUGGACCCAGAGGCCAGUGCCGCUGCCACAGUAACUACGCAGGGCUGCGGUGUGACCAGUGUGCCCCCGGUCAUUAUGGGUUCCCCAGCUGUGUCCCCUGCCAGUGUUCCCCAGACGGCGUGUAUGAGGUAUCGUGCGAGCCGGUAUCGGGUCGGUGUCUGUGUCGUCCCGGUGUGAUCGGACGGAGCUGUGACCGCUGUGCACUGGGGGGGCUCAUCUUCCCCAACUGUGGAGCCUCGGCUGGUCCGUGCAACCCGGUGGGAUCUGAGAUCAGCACGGGGGAUCCGUUCACGGGCUCCUGCCGCUGUCUGGCCAAUGUGGAAGGCCGCCUGUGCGACAGGUGCAAGCCCCUGUACUGGAACCUGGCUGUGGAGAACCUUGACGGCUGUAUUGAGUGCCAGUGUGAUGUCAAGGGCACCCUGAGUGGAGUGGGGGAGUGUCAGCAGCAAAACGGCGAGUGCCACUGUAAGCCCUACGCCUGUGGUCACGCCUGCAACACCUGCAAGGAUGGCUACUUUCAGCUGCAGGAGAUGAACUAUCUGGGCUGCCAAGGCUGCCAGUGUGAUGUUGGCGGGGCUGUCGGGACCAGCUGCGAUGAGCACUCGGGGGAGUGUCGAUGCCGCCAGCACGUGGAGGGCCACGCGUGCACGCGGCCAGAGAUGGGAUUCUACGUCCCUGACCUGCACCACAUGAGGUUCGAGGUGGAGGAUGGGAGCACACCCAACGCAAGGCCUGUACGUUUCGGCUACAACCCGCAGCACUUCCCGGACUUCAGCUGGCGGGGCUACGCCACCAUGUCGGAGGCCCAGGAGGAGGUCCGGCUCACGGUGCACGUGGCUGAGACUGGACCCUCGCAGUUCCUCUUUGUGCUGCGAUUUGUCAACCGUGGCACCACUAGCGUAACCGGCCGCAUCACGGCUCACCACAUCAGGACUGGUAAAGGGUCAGGUCUGAGCAAGGAAGUAACGCUCCCACCCAGUCCACGCCCAGCUUUCCUGACUGUCCCAGGAAACGGUUUCGCAGAGCCCUUCCUGCUGUCCCCUGGGAAGUGGAUCAUCCACAUUCGGGCAGUCGGGGUCCUGCUGGACUACCUUGUUCUGGUGCCCAGCACUUACUACGAAGCUUCUAUUUUGCAAGAGAGGGUCACAGAGCCAUGCACCUAUCUGGCCAAACCAGAGAAGGCUGACAGGAGCUGCCUGCUCUACAGACACGUGCCUAUGGACGGCUUCCCGUCGGCGCUGGCUUCCCUGGGCGUGUUCUACCCCCGCAGGAGAAGGGCGAGGCAGGUUCGCCUGCUACGGCCCACCCCGCUCCACCCGGAGAUGGCUUCUGUCAGCGGCCAGCAGGCCCAGCUGCGGCUCACGUUGCGGGUCCCGGAGCCAGGUCGGUACGCGCUCAUCUUGGAGUACGCCAGCGAGGUCGACGCCCUGCAGAACGUCGACUUGCUUGUGGACAGCCAGGCGGAAGCCCGAGUGAAUAUCUAUAGCUGCACGUACAGCUUCCUGUGCCGCAGCGUGGCCGUGGACAAGAUGAACCGUGUGGCCACGUUCCAGCUGAGCCACAGGUCCGAUAUCCUCCUGCAGGCGCCUGCAGCCUUCUUCCUGCUGUACAAGGUGUCGGCAGUACCUAAGGGACAGUUCUCCAUGGAGUACCUGGACCCCAAGGAGCUGUGCGUCUCUGUCCAUGGACGCUUCACACAGGACAGCCGCCAUUGCCUUCCAUCCCAGUACGAGAUACCAUCCUCAGCAUUGGUUUUGGACGCUGCUCGCCAAGGCCAUUUGUCUGUCCCAACCACACCAUACGGGGUGAGAAAGAGGAGGCAGACCGGGCCGCUUCACACGCACGCGGGCCGACGGAAUGGAGUACUCCUGAAACACCCACAGAGCGAGAUCAGCUUUAGCGCCCGAGUCCCGGCGACGGGCCUCUAUGUCUUCCUGGUGCAGUUCCUUCAGCCGGAGCACCUCUCCUUCCCCUUGGAAGUGCUGGUGGAUGGAGGCAGAUCUUGGCCAGGCUCCAUCAACGCAUCCUUUUGCCCCCAUGUGUCGGGCUGCCGAGACCUGGUCAUCGCUGAGAGGCGCAUCGCCUUGGAUGUGCUCCAGCCAGAGCUCACUGUCACUCUGCGAGUCCCCCGAGGGAAGACCCUAACCCUGGAUUACAUCUUGGUCGUUCCUGAUGAAUCUUAUACCCCCGAGCUCAUCAGGGAGAAGCUGCUGGACAAGUCGUCCGACUUUAUAAAUCAGUGCGGCGCAGACAGCUUCUACAUAGACCCCAGCUCGGCGUCCCGGUUCUGCCGGGACUCGGCACGCUCCCUGGCGCUGUUUGCCAGCGACGGUGCCCUGCCCUGCGGCUGUCACAGCUCUGGGGCGACCAGCCCCACCUGCGAGCCCCUGGGGGGGCAGUGCCCCUGCCGGCCUCACGUCAUCGGCAGACAGUGCACCCGCUGCGCCACCGGCUACUACGGCUUCCCCUACUGCAGACGCUGCGAAUGCGGUCGCCGGCUUUGUGACGAGGUGACCGGUCAGUGCAUCUGCCCGCCGCAGACGGUGAGGCCCUCCUGUGAUGUGUGCGAGAGCCAGACGUUCAGCUACCACCCGCUGCUGGGCUGCGAGGGCUGCGACUGCUCCCCGACUGGCGUGAGCCCCUAUGCCGGGCUGGACUGCGAUCGCACCACGGGCCAGUGCACGUGCAAGCCGAGGAUUGCUGGGCGACAGUGUGAUCGUUGUGCCCCGGGAUACUACGGCUUCCCCGAGUGCGCGCCCUGCAGCUGCAACCCAGCCGGGGUGAAACCGGACAUAUGCCACCCCGAGAGCGGGAGCUGCCUCUGCAAGAGAAACGUUGUGGGUUCGAGGUGCGACGCUUGUCGCGCCGGCUCCUUCCACUUCGAUGCGAUGAACCCCGAUGGCUGCACCACCUGUUUCUGUUUUGGGGCCACGGAGCAGUGCCGCAGCUCAGAGCACCGCCGGGGAAAGUUUGUGAACAUGCAAAGUUGGCGCCUGGAGAUGCCAGACCGGGAGGAGGUUCCUUCUGUGUUCAACUCGGCCAGUAACACGGUGGUGGCCGACGUGCAGGAGUUACCCGCCUUGGUCCACAACCUCCACUGGGUGGCGCCACCAUCUUACCUGGGAGACAAGGUCUCUUCCUACGGGGGAUUCCUGACCUAUCAGUUGAAGUCGUUCGGGAUUCCCAGCGAGGGGAUGGUCCUGCUGGACAGGAGGCCUGACAUCCUGCUCCAUGGACACCAUAUGACACUGGAGUACCUGGACCCACACGCACCCUCUCCGGACCGCCUGUACCAGGGACGAGUCCAGCUGGUGGAGGGGAGCUUCCGCCACGCUGGGACCAAGCGGCCCGUGUCCAGGGAGGAGUUCGUGAUGGUGCUGGCAGGUCUCGGGUCCCUGCGGAUCCGCGGUCUUUACUUCGCCCAGAGCCAGAGGCUGAGCCUGGGGGAGGUGGGACUGGAGGAGGUUAGCGCCUCGGGAAGCGGAGGGGCUGCCAGCGCUGUGGAGGUGUGCACGUGUCCCCCGGAAUACCGCGGAGACUCCUGCCAGAAAUGUGCACCUGGGUACUACCGAGAGAGGAACGGUCACUACCUGGGCAGGUGUUUGCCGUGUUCCUGUAAUGGACUUUCCAACGAAUGCGAUGAGGCCACAGGCCGAUGUCUGAAUUGCCAGUACAACAGUGCUGGGGAUCACUGUGAGCGAUGCCUGGAGGGUUACUAUGGUGAUGCUGCCAGGAGGACCUGCCAACCCUGCCCAUGUCCAUACAGCUUACCAUCCAACAGUUUCGCGACUGGCUGCAGAGUGUUUGCUAGUGGGUUGCAGUGCUUCUGUAAAGCAGGAUACACCGGAUCCAAAUGUGAAAGGUGUGCCCCAGGUUACUAUGGUGAACCCACAGUUCUGGGAGGGAGCUGCCGUCCCUGCAAUUGCAACGGAAACCCCAGCAGCUGCGAUCCCAGAACAGGGGUGUGCAACAAUGCCUUGGAGCCCAAAGACACCAACACGGACCAGCAGUGUCAAGAAUGUGACAGCUGCGUGAAGACCUUGUUAGAUGAUCUAGACAGGCUGGAUGAGCUGCUGCUAAAGUUGAAAUUGCAGUUGGAGAGCGCCAACUCCAGCUCAGCAGCCUGGGACAGGCUUAAGAAGCUUGAGGACGAGAUAACGGCCACCAAGAAACUGGUGGACAAAUACAACUUGAGUGUGAAUGACAACAAGCUCAAGGUGGCACAGCUGGAGAACGAUAUGGAAAACAUACAUGAUGAUAUAAACGUGCUCAAAGAGAAGGCUGACAGCAGUUAUGCGAAGGGUCAGGAAGCUAUCAAGAAUGUGGAGAAGACACACGUUAGGGCCCAGGAUCUCUUGUCUGAGGCUCAGAAGCUCUUCAAGAAAAUACAAGACCUGUUGAAGCAGCUGAAUGGGUCGGACAGCAACAGCGGCGUUCCCAGCAAAGAUCUGGCCCGCAUGUUAGCCGAUGCUCAGCGCAUGGUGCAGGAGAUGGAGACACGCAGCUGCGCUGACCAGUUGACCGCUGCGGAGAAGGAGAGAGAAGAAGCACAGAAACUGCUGGACUACAUCAAAAACAAUGUAACCAAUCAGCACGAGAAGAACCAGGCAGCAGCCAGUAGGAUCUCAGGAUUGCUGAAGGACUACGAGUCCAAACUCAAAGACCUGGAAAGGGUGCUGAAGGAGGCAGAAGAUACAGUGAAGAAAGCUAAGAGGCAGAACGGACUCAAUGAUGCUGCCCUAGAGGAGCUCCAGAAUCGCGCCGAGGACCUGAGAAAAGAACGAGACAAAGUUUCUGGCCAGGUGUCCAUGGCAAGAGAUCAGCUAAAAGACACUGCUGACCUUCUCAAAAAGUUGGAGGACAGCAAGAAGGAAUAUGAACAACUAGCCGCACAAUUGGAUGGUGCCAAGACGGACCUCACCAAGAAGGUGAACCUCAUCUCCACAGCUGCGUCAAAGGAGGACAUAGUCGAGAGAGCGGAGAAGCACGCAGAGAUCCUCAGCCAACUCGCCAAGGACUUGCAAGAGGCUGUGAGGAACGCAAGCGGCAGCUCAGAUGUUCGUGCUGCCAUUGAUGCCAUCGACGCAUACAAGAACAUCACGGAGGCAAUCCGGGCUGCGGAGGAGGCUGCAGGUCAGGCAAAGGAAGCUGCAGAUGCUGCUUUGAAGGAUAUUGAGGAAGAGAAUUUAGCCCAGAAAGCCACGGACCUGAAAGGGAAAGCAACUGAACUUCUGAACAGUGCCUCAGAUGCAAAGGACAACCUUGAUGAUACCACAGUUGCUCUUGACAGCUUGAAGAAUCGCCUGGAUAAAGCAAAGAAGAAGAAAGAUGCCCUGAACAAGGAGAUUCUCAGUGCUAAGAAAGAGAUGGACCAGAUUAAGAGAGACGACAUCAAUGAUAUGAUAAACAAUGCCAAGAACGCAGCUGCUGCAGCCAACGACACAGCCAAUGAUGCACUGAACAGGCUCAAGACAAUCCAAGAUGAAAUGGACAAAAUAAAGAUUGUACCCCAGACCUCCAAUUUUGACAAAAUACUGAAUGAUGUCGACCAAUCGGUGAAAAACAUAACCAGCACAAUCCCAUCCCUGCUGGACAAGAUUUCCAAGGUGGAGAAUCUGACUACCCAGCUCCCAAGCAACAACGUUUCCGAGAAUAUCAGGAGGAUCAAGGAGCUGAUUGAGCUGGCCAGAGAUGCCGCCAACAGGAUUGUUGUCCCCAUGAAGUUCAGUGGCGAUGGCUAUGUGGAGCUGCGUGCGCCCCGCAAUGUAGAGGACCUGAGGGCGUUCACCUCCCUCUCGCUGUCCCUGCAGCGGCCCGAAAGCACCAACGGACGAGGAGAUGGGCGCCGCAAGCGUCAACAGGCCACCGAUACUGGCAACAUGUUUGUGCUCUAUCUCGGCAAUAAAAAUGCUGCCAAGGACUACAUGGGAAUGGUCCUCAGGGGCAACAAGCUCUUCUACAUCUACAGACUCAACGGGGUUGAAAACGAGAUUGAGUCUGACUACAUCACCAAGUCUGUCUCAGAGCCAGCCUUAUUCGACCGUGUGGACCUGCUCAGAAUCUAUGAAGAUGUACAGUUGAAUCUAACACAGAGGUAUACGUCAAGCAGUCCUGGUGCCAUAACCAGAUCCAAAAAGGGGGAUUCCACAUACAACCUCUUUGAUACUGACCCGUCUCAAGUUGUCUUCUACAUUGGCGGAUAUCCAGAUGACUUCACACCACCGACACCUUUAAAACUGUCUAAAUAUGAAGGAUGCAUUGAGCUUGCCACCUUCAAUGAGAGAUUCAUUAGUCUUUACAACUUCCAGAAAGCCGUCAAUGUUAAUAAAGUGUUACCAUGUAAGAGAUAUGCCCAAAUCUCACCAUCAUUAUACUUCGAAGGCACCGGAUAUGGCAGUCUGAAUAUUUCUGUUGACACUUCAGAAAGUCUCAGACUGAGUUAUUCAAUCAACAGUCGAUCAGAAAAUGCACUUCUGUUAUACUUUGGGAAUGAGGAUUCUUACUACACCAUUACUGUGGAAAGAGGUUAUGUCUUAUUUCGGGGCCGUGAAGGGGCUAAUAUUUUGCCAACACAGAAGAGCACAGAAAAAUUGUUCCCUUGGAAUACGGACAGAUCUUUUUUGUUUAUAAUGCGCAGUAAUCGUAUUUCAGUCGUCCGCCUGGACAAAGUAGAUAUAUUCAGAGCCUUACCUGUCCACCAAGGGGUGUACCAGAAAAUUUAUAUUGGUGGCCUGCCUUCGUUGCUGAGAGAAAGGGACAACAUCACAGCCCCCCCACUGAAAGGCUGUCUGAGGAACAUCCAGGUGAACACCGCCAAUACUGAGCUGAGCGAGAAAGUGGGCAUCAGCCAGGGCUGUUCUUCAGAUUUUCUGAUAUCCCGCAAGGCGGAGUUCAGCCUCGGUAGCAGCCUUUCGGCCCCACUGGACGGCUUCAGUCUGACGGACGGCAUGACUGUUUCCCUGGGCUUCCAGAGCACAAACAGCGAGGGCCUCCUGAUGGAGAACAGCCAGUUGAACGAAGAUCUCGAACUGUCUUUGGCCAACGGCUUUGUGCUUCUUAAGUUCAACAAUAUGAUCUUGAAGUCAAGGAAAGCGUACGCAGAUGGCAAAUGGCACUACGUGACCAUCACCAGACAGGGAAACAGGCUGGAUCUGCGAGUUGACGAAGACGACUUGGGUGAACUACAGCCGUCCACCUCCCCGGUGGCUGUGGACAAUAUCAACGUUACUCUGGGUAGAGACAACUUCCAGGGCUGCCUGAGCAACCUCUACACGAGGAGACCCAGUAACUUGUUCAGGCCAGAGGACUUCAGUGAGUUCGGUUCCACUGGAGAUGUGCUGGUUGAUGUCUGCAGUGUGGACCACGCCCCGCUGCUCAUGCUGGCUGCCCGUAACAGCAGCAGCACUUCCACAAUGGUGGCUCAGGCUCCAGCGGAGAAAACUCUGUCGGGGUGUCAGCUCCCAGUGUCGGUCCACCAUGGCCAUCAGCUUGGGGGUCCCAUCAGUUACCUGAGCUAUAGUCUCAGCCCACAGGUGCUCCAAAACGGGCCCCAGUUCUCCCUAGACUUCAGGACCAAAACAGCGAAUGGACUCCUGUUCUACGUCGGUAGCAUGGAAGGAAAGUCUUACUUGGCGCUCUAUCUAUCGAAUGGCCGGAUCCGGCUGGCCGUGGAGAGAAAGCAGAUUUUCAUAAGGGAGAAGUUCAACAAUGGGAGAUGGCACACGGCCAUGUUCAGCUGGGAAGAGAGGAAAAUCCGUCUGGUUGUGGACGGACUCCAUGCCAAGGAUGGUUACCUGACAUCCGAUGAGGGGCUCUCCCUGAACCUGCAGCCUCCUGUCUACUUAGGCACAGUGCCGGCCUCUGUACACACUGAGCAUGAGUGGAAGACCCUCCCCAGGGAGAGUGUGACUGGCUGCAUCCGUAAUUUCAAGCUGAACGGCCGGCCAAUGGGAAGGCCCAGUGUCAAUCACGCGGCCCCGCCCUGCUUCGACGGACCAACUGAAAGUGGUGCCUACUUCUCAGGACACGGAGGAUACGUCGUGUUAGAGGACUCCUUUGUUGUGGGCCUCAGUUUUGAGCUGGUGUUCGAGGUUCGACCCAGAAACCUGACCGGGGUUCUGUUUCACGUUGAGAGUCCUCAUGGACACCAUCUGAGCCUGUUCAUGAAGAAAGGGGAGGUGACGGUUCAGGUGAACAACGGAGCAGGGCAGUUCAACGUGUCGGUGAUGCCCCAGCAGUCUCUGUGUGAUGGCACGUUCCACAGAGUCGCAGUGAUCAAGCGCAACAAUGUGGUUCAGCUGGAUGUGGACACGGAGGGCCAGUACACGGUGGGGCCUUCUUCCGCCAUCUUAACCGAUACCAAUGACCCCCUCUAUGUCGGUGGUCUUCCAGAAACUUCGCACCACUCAAAUCUGCCCUUUAGGACAUCCCUAAUUGGAUGCAUACAGAACGUCCGAAUCAAUCUGGAGCGCGUCUCCUUUGACAAGGUUGCCCAGGUAUCUGGUCCCGUGAACCUCAGAGAGUGUCCUGCCGGAUGAGUUACGUGCCAUUGGCCACCUGGACACUAGACACCUCAGCCUAUGAUCUGUGCAGAGCACGUGUCUCUGUUACCAUGUUACCACGACUGACCUCAAUGGACUGUCAGGGCAAAAGAUUCUGAUACCUGCUCUUGUUUAUUUAUUUUGAGAUGAGAUUAUCUAUUUACACUAUCUUUACAUUGAAUAUACUCUUAUCUUUUAAUUUCUGUUAUAUAUAAAAUGAGCUACCAAUUUGUUUGGUCCCACGAAAUGUCUGUGUAAAUAUAAAAGGGGCGAGUACAGAGGUGAUUUGCUCUUUCUAUGUAAAGCUGUUUACUUCCUUGGGAAUUUUAAAUGUUUUUCUAUACCUACCAAAAGGUAAUAUGC